AUGUCCAAUAGUUUACUCGUAAAUUUUGGUUAUCUGGUUGAGAUUAUUUUUUGGCUUACAUUGUAUGCACUAGUGAAUUAUUGUAUAUUCUUACGUGCGUACUUACGUGGUGUAUAUCAUCUAUACUUUAAUGUUCUUUCGCCUCUAUUCUCUCCGUUUUCAAUACAUGUGGUUGAAAUUGUUUCAACUUUUUGGCAUACUACUUUGGCUCAUGUCAAAACAGUGUCAAAGCUAGCCGAAACAGUUUCAGUCACAGAAUUUUAUAUUGUUACUGAACGAAUACAACAAAUAUCUAAUAGUAUACUAAUAAAAUUCGGUUAUCUAGCUGAGAUUAUUUUUUGGCUUACAUUGUAUACAUUAGUGAAUUAUUCUAUGAUUUUACGUGCGUACGUACGUCUUGUAUAUCAUCUAUUCUUUUAUGUUCUCCCGUCUUUGUUAUGCUUUCUAUUUCCUACACGUGUCGAAAUUGUUUCAACUUUUCGACAGUCUUAUGUCGAAACAGUGUCGAAACUAACAAAAACAGUUUCGGGCAAAGAUAUAGUUCCUCCAUCUUUACUCUUUCUAUUCUUUUAUGUUCUUCCACCUCUAUUCUCUUUGUUCUCUAAUGUAAUUCCAACUCUAUUCUCUUUAUUCUCUUAUGCUCUUCCAUUUCCUCCUCUAUUCUCUCUAUUCUGUUAUGUUCUUCCAUCCCUAUUCCCUCUAUUCUCUUAUAUUAUUCCAACUUUAUACUUUUAUGUUCUUCAAACUCUACUCUCUUUAAUCUCUUAUGCUCUUCCAACACUAUUAUCUUUUUUCUCUUGUGUUCUUCUAUGCUCUCUAUCCUCUUAUGUUCUUCAAAUUCUAUUCUCUUUAUUCUCUUAU